AUGCAAUAUAAAUUAGCUUUCGCUGGUGCCUCUUUAAUGGCUGCCUCUGCCAUGGCAGCAAAUUCCACGGCCGUCCCAUCUUCCUGUAGUAUAGGUUCCAAAGCUACCGCUACAGCUCAAGCAGAUCUAGACAGGUAUGCUGGUUGUGAAACCCUUGUCGGUAACUUAACCAUCACCGGUGAAUUAGGUUCCGCUGCUAUCGCAAACGUUAAAGAAUUAGACGGUUCUUUAACCAUCAACAACGCUACUUCUUUAGGUGCCUUUUCUGCUGAUUCUAUACAGAAAAUCACCGGUGCCUUAACUCUAGAAGGUUUAACCAUUCUAGAUUCUGCCUCCUUCGGUUCUUUAGCUCAAGUUGGAUCUAUUACGUUACAAACUUUACCAGCUAUUACUACUUUCUCUUCUAACUUACAAAACGCUGAUGAUAUCUUAAUCUCUGAUACUACUUUAGAAUCUGUCGAUGGUUUCUCAACUUUGAAAAAAUGUAGUGUCAUCAACAUUAACAAUAACAGAUAUUUGACCUCUUUUGAAUCUGCUUUGGAAUCCAUUUCUGAUUCUUUACAAUUUUCUUUCAACGGUGAUGAAGCAAAUGUCACUUUCGAUAAAUUGGUCUGGGCUAAUAACAUUACUUUAAGAGAUGUUCAAAAGGCCUCCUUUGCUAAAUUACAAAAAGUUAACGCUUCUCUAGGUUUCAUUAACAACUCUAUUGAAUCCAUCGAUUUAUCUAAAUUGACUACUGUCGGUCAAACUUUCAGUGUCGUUUCAAAUGAUGAAUUAACUACUUUGAAAUGUAGUAACUUAACCUCCGUUGGUGGUGGUCUAGUCGUUGCUAACAACACCGAUUUGAAAAUCAUUAAUGGUCUUAAGAACUUAGCAACUGUCGGUGGUGCUAUCGUCGUCACUGGUAACUUCACCGCUUUAGAUCUUUCCUCUUUGAAAUCUGUCAGAGGUGGUGGUGAUUUUGAAACUAAAUCUGGUAACUUCUCAUGUUCCGCUUUGAAGAAACUACAAUCUAAAGGUGUCAUUCAAGGUGAUUCUUUUGUUUGUAAGAACGGCGCUGUCUCCUCUAGUUCCUCUAAGGCUUCUUCAAAGAUAUCCUCUUCUAAGAACUCUAAGGCUACCUCUACUUCUUCUGAAUCCAGUUCAUCAUCUACUGCAACAUCUUCUACUAACGGUACUUCUUCUUCCAACGCUGCUAUUGCUCAAUAUGUCCCAGCUACUUCUUUCAUGGGUGCUGUUGCAGCUGUGUUUGUUGCCUUAUUGUAA